AUUUUACUGGCGACAUUUUUCAGUGAUUUUUCCGCGCUGAUUUCGACCAGUUUUGAUUCGAAAUUGUGGUUUUUGUCGUGAGUUUCUUCCUUGCGGACAUGUCGCAUGGGCUCCGCAGUGCACUAACCCGUCUCGACGCCAUCCUCAUCCGCUGCCGCCGCAUCCCCGCAGCGUUGUACAGCAGCAAAUCCCCCGAGAAGCGCGAGAAGAUGGAGGAACUGCAGUCCAGUCCGUACUACACCAAGUACGCCUCCAAGCUGACGGAACUGCAGAAGGCCAAUCCCGCGGAGUUCGCCAAGCGCUUGGAGGAGCACAAGAGCGUCAAGCAGGCUGUGAAGGAAGCGGACAAGGAGCGCGUCGCGCACCCCGUCAACAUAGUCAGCACCGUCGAUCCGCACAAGCCCGCCGCGGCGGUGCGGCUGCAACGGACCCGCUUGGCGGAUCUGAUGAAGGUGGAGCUGCUGACCGAGAAGACCGCGGAGGAGAUCGCCGAGAUGUGGCGCGUGUAUCACAAGGACAAGCCGGGCUUCAUCUGCGCCUCGAUGCCGGCGUCGUCCUACGCGCAGAUCCAGUCGCGCGCCGCCACCCACCCCACCUUCCUGUACCCCCUCCCCCGCGCCGCCGGCUACGAGUUCUUCGUGUCGCAGUUCGCCGGCGCCGAGUGCCACUUCACGCAGCUGGCCGCCUUCCAGCAGCGGAAGGCCGACGCGCCCACCUGCCUGAGCCUGGUCCAUCUGGACGAGCUGCGCGACAGCAAGGGACUGGUGCUGAUGCGCGGCCAGUACGACCAGAACGUGGUGAACGCGGUGCAGGUGCAGUGCCUGCUCAACCAGCUGCAGCUCUACUACGCCACCAGCGACCCCCACAAACUCCAUCUACUGCAACAGUUCAACGCGCACCCCGACGCCUUCGACUACCGCGACCUCAUCAGCGAGGUGGAGCACUCCUUCAUCGGCCUCACCUGAUCCGUGCUUCCGGCCUUGUCUUCCGGGUUCAGCGCUUUGCUGUUGUGAUGAAUUGAUACAAGAUAGAAUCCAGACUGUGCAUUUUCUCCUCACAACAAUGACUCGUUGUAUUAUCUGACGCUUCAGAAAUGCGCAGUAAUGUUUCCUUCGAAAUAUUUUCGGAAUAUUUCUCUGAACGCGUUACGAAACACCGCAGUGUUUCGUAACGCGUCCUUCAGCGGCAAUUUCAAUAACGGCUUCGCGGUGUCGUUGCAUAACUGUUUCUACGGGCAUUGUUCGUUUGGGAUUGAAAAAUUCUGCUCAUCCGACGCGAAACAACACUCUUAUCGCCGCGUGUUUGUUUAUGGUUAUUAUCACUUUUCAAUUAAUACAACUGGUGUAAAGCAACGAUUUCCGGUCA